UCCCCAUCCGUCUGACGCGCAGCUAGAUCUCCCGUAGGAGGCAGCAGCAGCAGUAGCGAUCCCGUAGUAUCCCACUUUCUCGCAGCUUCUCCCCGGCGCCGCCGCAAGCCACAGGAUGUCUCGCAUGCUCGCCGGCGCCGUGCUGCUGCUCGUGCUCGUGCUCGUGCUUCCGCUCCCCCCGUCAGCAGCUAAAAGCGUAAAGAUUGAGUGCUCAAAGCACCCGGCCAAGAACCCUUAUUGCGGCCCCGGCUACCUGAUGGACCAAACAUGCGGUAAACAGUGCCAAGGAUAUAGUGCCUGGAUGUGCAUGCCGAAAUGCACCUGCCUCCGUUGCCCUUCUAUGGAUCUGGAGCGUCGCCUGAAAAACGAGAAGAUCCAGAAGCAGCAAGGCAACAACAGCACGCCGGCUGCUGGUGUCGGCCCUGUCUGAGUCCUUUCAUACAUAUAAGCUGGAUGGAGAUCUGGGAUUGUGUUGUUACCCGUGCUUAUUAGUGUCAUGUAGGUAAUAAGUAGUAAUUUGGGUUGUGCUGACAAACCUGAACCAAACAUGAUUGGUUGUAUGCCUGGGAUGCUGUUGGUACCGGUGCUUAGUGUUGUGUGAGUACCUUGGGGCUGUUUACUGUAAGAAGUAGAGAUUUGGUUUGAGCUGGCAAACCUGAACUGAAUAUGACUGGUUGUUUGUCUUGACUA